UCCCUACACUCAGUCACUGCGGGCCAGAACCGAGGCUCCCCUCCCGAUUUUCAUUAUGGGGCCAGAGGGUUGAGGGGAAAAACUAAAGGCCAUUCAGCUCCAACCAAGCGGGCGCAGGGAGGGGAGCAACUGAGCUCCUACCCCAAAUCUGAGCGCCCCUGCAACUCGUAUCCUGAUAGACCCCCGACACUGCGGGCUGUGUUCUGGCCUCUGCCGCCGACCCUAUGGCCUGGUUCCUGGAAUCCCACCGGGGGAUGCGGACUGUCCUAGACAGGCGAGCUGUUUCCCUACUUGAGCCAGAGCAGCCGGGUUCUCACCCCACCAUAGGGCUGUAACUCGAGCCGUCUGCCGCCCACCCCCUUCCCACUCCACCCCAGCUCUGCGAUCCAGAUCCCUACGUCGCGCGGCCCCUUGUGGCCCUAACCCGACUGCAACUCUGCCAUGGGCUGCCGGGCCUGUCUCCGUCCGGAGGCGUCCAGCGCUGUACAGGGCCGCUGGUUGGGGGCUGUCCUGAGCGGGUUGUGCCUUCUCUCCGCGUUGGCAUUGCUAGAGUGGCUAGGGCCGCCGCCGACAGAGACCACCUGGAGUGCAGCUCAGGGAAAUGUAGAUGCGCCAAAGGCAGGUGGCUCCACUGCUCAGGUACCCAGCCUAUUGACCAUGCUGAUAACCCGGAGACGCCGCUACACACUGACACCGGCCAGGCUGCGCUGGGACCACUUCAACCUCACAUACAGGAUUCUCUCCUUUCCACGGAACCUUUUAAGCCCGGAAGAGACCCGGCAGGGCCUAGCUGCUGCCUUUCGAAUGUGGAGUGAUGUUUCCCCAUUCAGUUUCCGCGAGGUGGCCCCUGAACGUCCCAGUGACCUAAAGAUAGGUUUCUACCCAGUCAACCACACUGACUGCUUGGUCUCUGCUCUGCACCACUGCUUUGAUGGUCCCACGGGUGAACUGGCCCACGCUUUCUUCCCACCCCAUGGUGGCAUUCACUUUGAUGACAGCGAGUACUGGGUCUUGGGCCCCACUCGCUACAGCUGGAAGAAAGGUGUUUGGCUCACAGACCUGGUGCACGUGGCAGCCCAUGAGAUUGGCCAUGCACUGGGACUGA